GUGGUCGGAAUCUGCAGCUGGGAUGUGCUGUUCUGGGUCUUCUGCUGUGCAGAAGCUUAGUGUGUAGUUGUUUUAAGAGCAGGAAAGAACCGGCUGGUGGAGGAGGCAACGCAGAGCAAACCGCGACUCACUGUCCGGGCUCUGGCACAGCUGCUGAGGGGCCCUUGCUCAGCCCCGUGCGGCUGAUGGAGGGCAGGAGCCUCCCGUUCCCGGGCUAUAAAACCCGGGCGCGGCCCGAGGUGUGGCUGGCGUGAGCGGGGGAAGCUCCCUGGACCCAGAUUAGCUUUGCAGGAAACCUGUCACCAACAGCUUGUCACAUUGUACCUACCACCGAGAAAGCUCCAAGGAGAAGCUGAGGGCAAACAACAUCUUGAAGAAAGUCCAUGGGGACUGUACCUGAUCCUCUGAGAUCUGCCAAGCUUUCCCUGGUCACAGCUUCUGAGAAGGAGGACUGCCUGGGAGACUUGCAGUCUGCUAAGCACCAGCCCAAACUACCCAGUGAAGAGAGGGCCAGCAAUGGCUUCCCAUUUAUCCCACCUGACUCUGCUGGAGUUUGCUUGUUUGACCUGAAACAUACAGCGGCUGCCAGUGUGCCAAGGUGUGUCUACAAGGACAAUGCUAGCCACCAGGAAGCCUUUCCUCCUGGGCUCAGCAGCAAAGCUUCUGAGGAGUGUUCUGCAGCUGUAGAUUCUGCUGAUUCCUCCUGCCCAGCAGGCAGCGAAGGACUAGCAGCACCAGCCCUAACCACAGUAGGAGCUCCCUUGGGGGGGCAGGGGCCAGAGAUGAUGCCAGCCCCACAGAGCUCCCAGCAGUUUGUGCAAGGCAGCCAGGCAAAAACAGGCUCCCUGACACAAAUGGAUGACUCUGCCUUGAAACCUCAGGGGACUGAUGAUCAGCCGGCACUUGAGGUGUUAAAUUAUUCUUCCCUGGGCCACCCUAUCAGGGGUAAUGAGUCCUGUUGUACUUCUCAGGCAAACCUUCUGCAAAGAGGGGAAAAAGACAGGGGAACAGCAACUGGUUCUGCUGUGUGUCAGACUGCCUCGCCAGCAAGGCACACCAAAGCUGACCUGGGAAGAGACCCACAAACCACUCUGGAGGCAAUAAGUGGGGCUGCAGAUACUGCACAGAUGCAUCUCACAGAUAAAACUGAAGUGGUGCAGGGCAGCAAGGCACCAGUCCAAUCUAGCCAUGGGAGUCCACAUCCCAUAGACAACACAGUCACUGAGCCAGGAAGUCCAGGCCCCACUCAGCUCUCCAAAUACAGAGAAAUGGGUACAAUGACAGUUCAGCCAGAGAGCAACUUUUUAACUGAGGAAGCAGUAAGCAGGACUUGGCGAGAUGCUGAGGUUCAGGCUGUGGCUACCGUGGAGAGCAAAUCGGCCUCCACCAGUCCCAGCAUCCUUGCAGCCUUCUUAAAAGGGAAUCCACCUCCAGAAGAGAAGGAAGAACUGCACAUAAUUUACCAUGGAGGAACAGGGCUGAGCCAAUCUGCAAUUACUGACAGUUUAUCCUCAAAACAAAAGUCCCCAUGUUCUCCUGGUAUCGUGUCAGAAUCAGCUGUUGUGGUGGCUGUGACUGCUCCAGCCCAAACUCAGCCUGUGCAACUGCCUGGUUUCCUAUCUGAUGUGGUGCCUCCAGCAUCAGCAGUUAAUGCAAAACUUGUUCCCUCCUCCUCCUCUGCAGCCCUUAUCUCCCAAGGGACAUCAGUGUGUGAUGCUGAAAUAGUUGGUACAGCCUGUGGUGGCAAGGAUGCUGCUCAGCUGCCAAUGGAUGCUCAAGUCCCCCCAAAGCCCAUCCCUGAGAAGCUUGCAGUUGGCUCCAAUAAUCAAACUCCAGCACAAACUGAGUCUGGCACUGGUGAACCAAGCACCACUUCUGCUGCCACUGUCCCAGGAACGAAGAACAACUUGCGAGAUCUUGUCCAUGACACGGGAAGCAGCUGCUUACCUUUACGCAAUAGCACAGACAGUGAGGUCAAGCAGAAGGAGGUCCUGGGCAGUUCUGAUCAAAAGCCUGCACAAAGUAAGGGUACAAGUCAAGGGGAGACCAUUCCUAACACAUCUGUGGUGAAACCAAAGGAAGAAAAUUCUGUGGUGCUUGAUGCUAAAGGAGGGAUGAGUGCUAGCUACCCUGUCACUGUCUGCAUAGAGGCAUGCUCGGAGGAUGCAGGUGAAAAGGAGAGCAGAGGCCAGGGAGACACUGGCCAGGCUCAGAUGGCCAGAGGCCAGAGCCUGCAGGCAGGACUAAUGCCUGAGUUGAGGUUGAGUUCUGCACGUCUCACCCCUCCCUUGGAGGCAUCAGCAGCUCCCCAGCAGCAAGGCCUCCAGGCCAAGGAGUCCAGACGUGAGCUCCAGACAGCAGUUCUUCCUACUUCAGCUCAGGCUUUGCCAAACGUGGGGGAAAACAAAAAGGUCCCCACCCCAGCCAUGGAGGCAAAAGUGCAGAUGAAGCAGUCCAAACACGUCAGGGAUGUUAUUUGGGACGAGCAGGGCAUGACAUGGGAGGUUUAUGGUGCUUCCCUUGAUCCAGAAUCCCUGGGAAUUGCCAUCCAGAACCACUUACAGAGACAAAUACGGGAACAUGAGAAACUGAUUCGGGCCCAGAACAGUCAGUCCCGGAAAUCCAUUUCCUCAGACACGUCCUCAAACAAAAAACUGAAAGGCAGGCAGCACAACAUGUUCCAGGCCAUGCUGCAGAACCUCAGGCGGCCAAAUUGCUGCGUCCGACCCGCUCCCUCUUCUGUGUUAGACUGACAUGGUUUGCAGGGGUGUGUAGAUGUCUGUGCUGGUAGAGAGAAUCCCUCCCCUCAAGUCUUGAGUCCUGCUGUUCAGUUGUGUUAUUGGGGUUGUGAUGCAGCAACAGUGGAAAAUUAUUCCCCUUUGUUUUCCGAGUAGCCACACGCUCCAUUGCGCAGUUAUUAUUGCCACAGCUGGUGUAUUUCCACAUGCUGACCCCAUCCCCACUACUGUCCAGAUGAAAAGCUAGGUACUUAGCAAAAGCACAAAUUGAAAUUACCACCUUGCUGCAAGGGAGAGCAGCACCUUCUGACAAAUCAAGAAGCAGAGAAAUUGUCAGAAUUAUUAUGGGAAAUCAUUUGUGUGCAUCACAAGGUCUUGCACAAAGGGGCAGGCUAGAGGAAGAGGGGUGAGGUGAAACUAAGAUUCUACAGCUAUAAAGACCUAACACAAGACAAGUGACCUAGUGUGUAAAUUGCCCAACAGAGAGACAAGUCUGUGUAAAGAAUACAGGCAGUGAUAACUGAGCAGUCCAACUUCUGCUGAUCCUUUGGGGAGCUGUUGUCACGCAAGCCCCAGAGAUCCAGGUCUUCUCCCACUGAAAUGGAGAAUCAGAGAAAGCGUGAGGAUGAAGGCUGAAGGAUGCUCUCUCUGGGAGAAGUUAAGUCAUUGGCUAGAAGGGAGGGUGAGAAAGGGAUGCAUUCUGUGGGCUUUUUCUCCCCUGCAUCAGCCACACUUAAGGUAUAAGCAGGCAAUGAACGAAGGGCAGGUGAGGCACGUGAGAGCACAUUGGUAGAUGUAACUGCAGCCAGCAGGAUGGUGCCCUCACCCGUGGUGUGGCAUUCCAGCCAAGUCUUUCAAAAGCAGCGAGCUGUCUAGCUCCUCCUCAGCCAGGGUGGGCAGCCCAUGCUCCCAGCCUCCCACAGCACUGAGCACCUCUCCUCUAUAUCACUCUUUAAAGUGAUGUGAAUCAUUUUUCUCUCUCCAGAGAUGCACAGCAAUGUGUUCCCGUAGGAGCAGACUAUCCUGUGCACCUGGGUCCGUGAGCCCAGAUGACUGCUGUCUUACACUGAUGUUUCCCUUCAAAGUCCUUAGCCAGCUCUACUUUUUUGCAGUAUUUUGGUGCUUUUCCUGCUGCCUUUCAGAAACGACUACCAUUUAUUUAGCCUGUGUGUAUUUUGUUCCACUUAAUGCUCUCUAUAUAACAAACCAUUCAGUUGUUAACUUGAAACAUUUAUUUUACCGAAGCACUGAAAUCUUGAGACAAUCUUUGCUGUAUUUCUAAUGUUAGAAAAGUUGUAGAAACUGCUAAUAAAGGGUAGCUUAGUGACUGUUUCUCCAGAAGUGUGAUAUACAAUAAUGUCUUAAAUGUAUGUUGGUCACAUUUCUCAUCUUAAUAAUAUUUUUCAACCUGGGAGAUGAGUUUCCCACUGUCUGUUUACUAGAGCUCAUGAUGGGAGGCUGAAGAACUGCAGCUUGUAGAAAAUUCAGUUUUCAGUCCUGUGGAGCACUGAGGAUUUGGGUGUUGUCAUCCUGCAGAGUACUAGAGUUACG